AUGGCGCCACGAUCCUACUCCAAGACCUACAAGGUCCCUCGUCGACCAUUCGAGUCGGCUCGUCUAGACUCUGAAUUGAAGAUUGUCGGCGAAUACGGUCUGCGCAACAAGCGUGAAGUCUGGCGUGUCCAGCUUACCCUGUCCAAGAUUCGUCGUGCUGCUCGUCAACUUCUCACCCUCGACGAAAAGGACCCCAAGCGUCUCUUCGAAGGCAAUGCCUUGAUUCGACGUCUCGUCCGUGUCGGUGUGCUCGACGAAUCCCGCAUGAAGCUCGAUUACGUGCUUGCGCUCAAGGUUGAGGAUUUCUUGGAGCGCCGCCUCCAGACCUGCGUCUACAAGCUCGGCCUCGCCAAGUCCAUCCACCACGCCCGUGUCCUGAUCAAGCAGCGUCACAUCCGCGUCGGCAAGCAGAUCGUCAACGUCCCCAGCUUCAUCGUCCGACUGGACAGCCAGAAGCACAUCGACUUCGCCCUGACGAGUCCCUUUGGCGGUGGCCGUCCUGGUCGCGUUAGGAGAAAGAAGGCCAGAGCCGCCGAGUCCAAGGAGGAGGGUGACGAGGAGGGUGGCGAGGACGAGGAGUAG